AUGUUACUCGGAACCCUUCCGAUCCUUUCACUCGCCAUUGGCACAUCUGCUGCUGUUUCACUACCCCAAACAGCUUUCGAGCCCACCGUCCUUAGUUCUUCCACAUCAAAAGACCUCCUCCAUCUUCACCGCAAACUCAUAGAGAUCGAGUCCAUAUCUGAGAACGAGAAGAAUGUCGGCGAAUGGCUCAGCGACUACCUCCGCGCACGCGAUUGGACUGUCGAGAAGCAAGAAGUGUCCAAAGACCGAUACAAUCUCUUAGCUUACGGCAGCAAACGCGAAACCACGAUCCUACUAUCCUCGCAUAUUGACACGGUCCCACCGUACUGGCCUUACUACUACAAUGAGACGACCGACAUCAUCGGCGGCAGAGGGAGUGUGGACGCGAAAGGCAGCGUCGCACCGAUGAUCAUCGCCGCACAAGACAUCAAAGGACAUUUACAAGACGAUAUAUCCUUGCUCUUCGUUGUUGGUGAAGAGACAGGUGGCGACGGCAUGCGCGCAUUCAGCGAUUGGGACAAACGCCCAUCGUCACACGAGAUCGUCAUCUUCGGAGAGCCCACGGAAGCGAAACUCGUCUGUGGACAUAAGGGCAUGCUGGGCUUCUCGGUGAAAGCCACGGGCAAGGCGGCACAUUCAGGAUACCCGUGGUUGGGCGUCAGCGCAAAUGACAUCAUGGUGGAGGCACUGGGCGAGCUCCUCAAGCUGAGGGAGCACCUGCCUUGGAGCACGAAAUACGGCAACACAACUAUGAACUUUGGACGCGUACAGGGCGGUGUUGCAGCCAACGUCGUCGCCGAAACCGCAACCGCAAACAUCGCGACGCGCCUCGCCGCCGGAACCCCCGAUCUCGUUCGCGGACAAAUCAUCGACGCGCUCAAGGACGUCAAGGCCGCCGCGCAGAAGGAAGGCGGAGAUUUGGAAGUACAAUGGGGGAGCGAGGGAUACGGAGUUGUGGAUAUAAACUGUGAUAUUGAGGGCUUCGAGACAAUGACCGUCAACUACGGGACGGAUGUGCCAUGGCUCUCUGGUGACCACAAGAGGUACCUGUACGGGCCAGGCUCUAUCUUCGUCGCGCAUUCAGAUCACGAGGCGUUGAAGAGGAAGGAGCUUGAGCAGGCUGUUCUAGACUACCGUCGCCUCAUUAUCAAGGCGACAGAGGUCAGAGAGAAGGAGCGACAAAUGCAGAGCGAAGACCAGAUUGAGCUAUAA